CUUGCCUCGCACUGUCACAGUCGUGCACUCCCUGUCCCCGUGGACUGUGGAGAGUUUCUGUCGGUGGUCGCCCCGCUUCAUCUGUCUCAUCUUCCCCAGCGCAGCCCCUCCCCCCUGUAGCCUGUAUCCGCCCCCCACACUCUGCGUCUGUAGUCUUCUUUCUCGCGUCGGCAGUCAGCUUGGCAGGGCCGAACCAAUGGCGGUCGACCCGCGGCAGGUGGUGGCGGGCUUCCUCACCCUCUCCAUGUUCGUCAUGCUCGGCAACAUGAUCAAGCACGACCACUUCUCUCCCGUCACCGAGGAGCUGGGCUUCGAGGCAACAGGUGUGGUGUCGAACACAAGGAAGCUUGACAACGAUGCUGAAAUGAGCAGCGUCGAUACGGCUGGAGUGGAGGACCUGAUGGACGCUGUCGAGGAAGUUAAACCUUGCUGGACCAAACCAAGUCCAAAAAAUCAGCCGUCUAAUGGUUUUGUUACAUUCUCCUUGACUAUGGGCCCUGAGUAUCACAUCUCUCAGAUCACAGAUGCUGUGGUUAUUGCAAGGUAUCUAGGUGCAACACUUGUACUCCCAGACAUCAGAGGAAAUGAAUUAGGAAAUAAGCGAAAAUUCCAAGACAUUUACAAUGUGGAUAAGUUCGUGAGGAGCCUGGAUGGUGUUGUCGAAGUAAUAGAGGAUAUACCUGAUGAAGUGAGUGCUAAGAAGCCAGCAGUCAUCAGAGUACCGAACCGUGUGACUGAAAGCUUCAUCACAGGCACCAUCCAGCCCAUCUUCCAAAAAAACAAGUACUUAAGACUAGCGGUCAUUUUCUCUUCCGUAAGUUUAAGGCCAAAGGAGACGAACAACAAGGACAUGGACGCAACUGCUUGCCUUGCGAUGUUCGGUGGCCUCGAGCUGAAGCACGAAUAUUCUGAGGUGGCCAGAAAAAUGCUGGAUAGGCUUCAAGAAUUAAGCAAGAAGUCAGAUGGGAAGGUCUUGGCGAUCGAUUUGCGGACCGACUUGCUGGAAAAGAAGAGUUGCAAGACAACCCGCGGCGCUCGAAGAAAAGGCUGUUAUAGCCCUGAUGAGGUCCUGGCUUUCCUGAGGAGUGUUGGCUUCUCUGCUAACACAACCAUCUACUUGACAGAGACGUCGUGGUACAAAGGCCUGGAUGUUCUGAAGGAAGAAUUCCCAAACACUUGGUAUAAGGGUGACAUUAUGCCAGCCGAGAACAAAGCUGAAUUCCUGAAAUCCAGCAAUGCAGACCUAGCAAGGGCUCUGGACCUUGAGAUCUGUUCGCAGAGCGACGUGUUCGUCCCUGCCGUCGCUGGCCUGUUCUACGGGCAUGUCACGGGUAAGAGGAUCGCGUCCGGACGCACCCAGAUCGUUGUGCCUUCCCAGUCCAGCACCUCGACACAUGCGUCAGACUUCAUCUCCACCUACAUCUCCAACAAGAACCACCUUGCCUACGCGUGCUACUGCUAAGCAUCCUUUUGUACGGCCGUUAAUAAGAUCAGCUGAAGGGAAAGUGCUCUGGGUGCAUAUACAAGUACCUCUCGUGGACAUGAAUGAUGUUGUACACUAGCUAAUGUUUUGUUAUGAGGAAUAUUAGCAUACGACUGUGUGUUGGUUACUUGUUUGGAUAUUAAACUCUGGAACAGCAGCAAGGAGCAUAUACUGCACGUUCCUGUUGGCGCGC